AUGCUCACCCUUGCACUACCUCCCAGCUUAAUUCAUUUCAUUGAAGGGGCACGAAAUCAGCCACUCUCCGACCUCAUUCAGAGAGACCGCAAUCUGCCUCCGCCACCCGCCGAGGCUCACCGUUUUAUAGCCGAUCCCACUGGGCAUAAUGCGUUUGCACUCUAUGGGGAAAUUUAUGGGGCUAAUAAAUUCCCUAAUCAAGGCUCGGGGACUAGAAUCCUUCAUUUUUACAUCCAAGGUGACAUUGAAGACGUAGAACAGUUGUCGAAGGUUAUGUGGGACAGGGAGGACCAGAAUGAGUUGAGUCGUGAUGGUGGUGGUGGUGGUGGUGGUGGUGGUGGUGGUGGUGGUGGUGGUGGUGGUGGACUUUAA